CCGCGAAUCGAUUCAUCGCUCGCGAAUCCCAACAUUUCUUUAUUCGGUUAUAACGAAAUGGGCGAAAACCAAACGCCAGUUACUAAUCCACAGGAAAUGGGAUUAGAUUCCUGCAAUUAUGCCGUAAACUAUUAGAAUAAUAUAUGUUGCAUAUGUUUAAGAUAGCACACAUGCAACACAUUAAUAGGUCCUAAACAAAGCUACAUACGAGUUGGUGGCUUCACUUUUGCUUUGCAUAUUCUUCUGUACUCGAAAUUAAGCUCAGCAAUCUGGACAAACGAAAAUGCAACUAGUGGUGAAUUUGAUCGUAGCCAUAGCUGCGCACCGCGCAUCCGGUAGCUUGUUACGUGGUUUCCAAGAUCUUCAAGACUAUAAUUUCGAUGAUGAAAAGGCACCGGUUCACAACUUGCAGGAUGAUGUUAAAUUCAUUUUAUAUACGAGGGAAGGCCCGAAGGAAGGCGAGCUAAUAAUCAACUCUUACGAAGUCCUGAAGAAAUCUCACUUCGCUCCAACUCGAAGCACAAAGUUUGUUAUACAUGGGUUCCAAUCCAGCGGCUACUCCGAUACCUGUCAGGAAAUCAAAGACAAAUACCUCGAACUGUACGAUUACAAUAUCUUCGUGGUCGACUGGAGCAAAAUCUCAGGAAAUCUUAUAUAUUUCAUACCUGCAACAAGCACUAGGCAGGUCGGAGAAUACUUUGCAAGUUUAAUUGAUUUAUUGAUAACCCACGGAGCGGAUGCAAACGAUAUUCAUUUGAUCGGUCACAGUUUGGGUGCGCAUAUUUCCGGUUUUGCUGGUGAAUACUCAAGCGUGAACGUUUCAAGAAUUACAGGCCUGGAUCCGGCGUUUCCUUCUUUUGGCAUGAUCCAAUUGUCCAACGGACGACUGUCCUAUCAUCAAGCCAAAUUCGUGGACGUCAUUCAUACUGCAGCCGGUACUUUCGGCUUGAUGGACGCCAUUGGACAUGCCGAUUUUUACCCUAACGGUGGCGUAAUGUCACAACCAGGAUGCAACGGCAUCACGGAUUUUACAGCAGCUUGCAGUCACGGUAAAAGCUGGCAGUACUUUAAAGAGAGCAUCGAUACCAACGUCAAAUUUGCUUCUUACAAAUGCAACUCACUAGACGACUUCUCCAGAGGAUGCCAAAUGGUGAAUCCGGUUUACAUGGGCGAUCAUUUGGAUCGGAAGGCGCGCGGUAUAUUCUAUUUAAAGACGAUGCCGGAAGUUCCAUACGUUAUAAACAACUGA